UAGAUAAUUUGAUAAAAAAAAUAGAGGAAGGAAGAAAAAUACGUGGAGUGUGCGGAAUGUGCACAAGUCAUCACACCAAGUCACGACGGUCGUCACUUAACUAACGGCGCCACGGCGGAAAAUGUGAACCCGGCCCACAAAAGCAAAGAAAAGCCGGGAGCUGAUUGCAAUCCAACGAGGCCGUUACGUUAAACGGGGGUUUCGUAUUUCAGUAAAACUGGCAUUCCACCGCUAUUAAUACUCUGUAGCUACAGCAUUCAUUCACGUCAAUCUUCCUACCUCGCUUAUCCGUCGCAUCGAUUGGAUCUCCGGCGAAGGUACGCCGGCCGCUGCUCUCCUUCUACAAACUUUAGAUUUCUAUUUUACGCAGAUCUAGCAGUAUCUAUUAUGUAAAUUUCAGUCUGAUUUGUGCGCGAGAGAUAGUGUUACUGCUUAUCUUUGUGUUCUUUUGUUGGUUUUUGUUCUGUGCUCUGAAUCGAUUGCUUUUCUGAAUUUUAUUUUUCCGGAUUAGCUCACAUUACUAUGUCUCUCAGUCUGCCGCAGAGUUUCUCGUCUGCUCAUUGCAAUCGUUUGAGAAUCACUUAGUAUCUACUUGACCAUGAAUUCGCGAAGGGACCGUGGUGCUAGAGCUGCUCUGUUUGAUGGUAUUGAGGAAGGUGGAAUCAGAGCUUCAUCAUCAUAUUCUUCUCAUGAGAUUGAUGAGCAUGAAAAUGAAAAAGCACUAGAUGGACUGCAAGAUAGAGUCAUUCUGCUUAAAAGACUGUCAGGUGACAUACAUGAGGAGGUAGAGACCCACAACCGCGUGCUGGACAGAAUGGGCAAUGACAUGGAUUCGUCAAGGGGAGUGUUAGCUGGAACUAUGGACAAAUUUAAGAUGGUGUUUGAGACCAAAUCAAACCAAAGAAUGUUCACCCUUGUGGCAUCAUUUGUGGUUCUGUUUCUGGUGGUGUACUACCUGACUAGGUAAAUGGUGUGACAAGAGUUGGGGAAUCUAAUCUCUUCUGGGGUUUGUAGAAUGCUAUUGAUGAAACCAGACUUAACAGUAAUCAUGCUGCUCUCUGUCUAUAUCACCAGCCCACCUGAGUAGUGAGUUUGAUAUAAAAAUGUAUCUUUGUAUAAAAGUGUUCGGUGCAAAAUACCUUUUCGAGUUCUGUCUUCUAGAAUGGAUAAAUGAUAUAAACUCUAGUGGUUAUUACCUUUGUUAUAGAUAUACCGUACCAUGAUCGUUUGUUGAAAUGAAUACAUGUUUUGCAGACUCACUAUUGCGUUUUUUCGCAAUGGAAUAAAGCCUAAAAACUCCUUAUUUUUUGGCUUGAGAAUAUGAUGGAAUAAAGCAA